GAUUGGUCGGUGAUUAUGGCAGCAGUGUAGAAAGCCGUGCAGAAAUCCAAUUGGGCUGCGGCCCAUUCUAUCACUAAAAGAAAGUCAGCAUCAAACCAAGCGUGCCCAAAAAACUUUCUUUUCUCCACCCAUCUGGGGCUACACUCCUGCAAUUGAUCGCAUUCAUUCUGGUAAGAGAAACAAAAAAGAUGGCGAUGGUUCAAGCAUAUCGUCGAAUAUCUGGUGGAUCGCCCAUUGUUGCAGAUUCGCUUCGGUUCACGACGUGCUGGAGACAUUUUUCUACCUCUUUUAGAGAGGAAAGAGAUACGUUUGGACCAAUUCAAGUUCCAUCCGAUAAGUUAUGGGGAGCUCAAACGCAAAGAUCUUUGCAGAAUUUUGAAAUCGGAGGUGACCGUGAAAGAAUGCCAGAACCAAUCAUUCGUUCUUUUGGGAUCCUCAAAAAGUGUGCUGCUAAGGUGAACAUGGAAUAUGGUCUUGAUCCCUCCAUAGGGAAAGCGAUUAUGCAAGCUGCACAAGAAGUGGCUGAGGGGAAGUUAAAUGAUCACUUUCCACUGGUCAUAUGGCAGACUGGAAGCGGCACUCAAAGCAAUAUGAACGCCAACGAGGUCAUUGCAAAUAGAGCAGCUGAAAUUCUUGGCCACAAGCGUGGUGGAAAGUUUGUGCAUCCAAAUGACCAUGUAAACAGAUCACAGUCCUCGAAUGAUACAUUCCCAACUGUAAUGCAUAUUGCAGCGGCAACAGAAAUCAACUCAAGGCUUAUUCCAAAACUGAAGCAGUUACAUACUUCCCUACAAGCGAAGACAACUGAGUUCUCCGACAUAGUUAAAAUUGGACGUACUCACACUCAAGAUGCAACACCCUUGACUCUUGGGCAAGAGUUCAGUGGUUAUACCACACAAGUGAAGUAUGGCAUUGAGCGGGUCAUGUGCACUCUCCCUCGCAUGUAUCAGCUUGCACAAGGUGGCACUGCUGUAGGGACAGGAUUGAACACAAAGAAAGGGUUUGAUGUAAAGAUUGCUGCAGCAGUAGCUGAUGAAACAAGACUACCAUUUGUAACUGCUGAAAAUAAGUUUGAGGCACUGGCUGCACAUGAUGCUUUUGUUGAAGCUAGUGGAGCCCUAAACACGAUUGCUACUUCUCUUAUGAAAAUCGCUAAUGACAUACGCUUCCUAGGAAGUGGUCCACGCUGCGGUCUUGGUGAACUUAUUCUUCCCGAGAAUGAGCCUGGUAGCAGCAUCAUGCCUGGAAAAGUGAAUCCUACACAAUGUGAGGCCUUAACUAUGGUCUGUGCUCAGGCAAUCGGAAACCAUGUUGCCCUUACGGUGGGUGGUUCAAAUGGCCAUUUCGAACUCAACGUUUUCAAGCCAAUGAUUGCUAGUUCUCUCUUACAUUCGAUAAGACUUCUUGCGGAUGCAUCUGCAUCAUUCGAAAAGAACUGUGUGAGAGGCAUUCAAGCGAAUAGGGAUAGGAUUUCAAAGUUAUUACACGAGUCACUUAUGCUCGUGACAUCUUUGAAUCCCAAAAUUGGUUAUGACAACGCUGCAGCGGUUGCCAAGACUGCCCACAAGGAGGGAAGUACACUCAAGGAAGCUGCUCUGAAAUUGGGAGUUCUAACCAGCGAAGAAUUCGAUCAACUUGUAGUGCCAGAAAAGAUGAUCGGUCCCUCUGAUUGACGAGUGACUUGAAGCCUGCAACGAAUCUUGUGUUGGCGCGUUUUAUGAAGUCGAAGCGAUCGUGUUUUCGGCUAGGAAAUAAAAGAGUCACUUGGGAUGUCAAUACUUAGAGGUGGAUAUCAUUCAUUCUUCUUUAGAAGAAACUUGUUGAGGAUAAACUUUAUUUAACCCACAAUUGUACGGCAGAUAAGGGUUUUUUUUGCUCACUUUAAAGCAGAUGAGAUAAAUCUCUUGAAUGGAUGAAAAUCUAAACCCAAUAAUGAGAGUUUUACAUUUGACUUCUUGUGUA